AUGUUAUCGCGUGGCCGCCCGUGUCUAAGAAGGCAUCUGUCUGCCGCCUUGGAUGCUGUCGCGGCUGGCCCCGAUGAACCGCUGCUAUUCCUUUACCCCCGAUGGGCCGCGUCGGCCGUGCGGCGAAGGCGUCCGAUUUCGUCUUUAACGCCUGCCAAUACUCCUCUUCAUUCAGACGUCCGCCCCUGUACCUCGACAUCACCGUCAUUCCGCCGACAAUCGAGCCGAUGGAUCACCAAUGCUACUACCACUACUCAGCCUGACAAUGGUUCCGGUGCGGAAUUACAUGCUGUCGAAGACGUGUUGGAGUAUAACAAGGAUGAGGGGGAGGGUACAAAAAAGCCGGCUGCAUCACAAGAUGCGAGUCGGUCUGCGCUGGGCUCGAGGGAGACGGCCGGAUCUGUCACCGACAAGCCGAAUCAGCUCCAUGAUCUAGCCACAAAGAAGUUAAAAGAGAAAUCAUCCAACGGAUCGAAUCUGCGGCCCUUGACACCAGGCUCACGUAUACGAGUUCCCAAGAGCUUCUUGGAAAGGAAUUUGUCCCCACGGAAUCGGAAGCAGUUGCGGUACGGCGAAUUCAUCAUCGCAAAGGAAAAUCGUGAUGACAUACCCCGGAAUCAUUUAGGAAGCUGGUUUGAUGUGCGGGAUUUGUUGUUGAGGGUACAUCGACAGACUCGGACUGGUCCCAAGAAGGUGUCAAAGUCUAAAGAGUUGCUCAUACCCGAGGAGACCAUCGCUCUGAUCUAUGAAGGAGAAUAUCUGGUAUCUUCCGGUUCGGCACGGAUGUCGGGUGCACGUUCUCCCCCCAAGGAGGGUAAUGGACUUUGCCGCAAGGUUAUCCUGACAGGCUCAGACCGCACUUUGGAAUUGGUUGAGGAUACAAUAAAACAGCAACAGGAUCUCCAGGCCAGUGGUGAUCCUCUUGUCGAAAUCCAGAAGCCGCCGUUUCCUAUUCUGGCUUCGACGGAUACCAUGCGGCAGCUGAAUCUCCCGGUGCCUGUGAUACGGGGAGUUUGGGCAUCUCCCGCGGAUGAACAAGAGCCGAUGAGUUUGAAUGAACUCCUCAAAAACACGCCAUCACUUGGUUCAGUGAAGGAAUUUGCCGAACACAUUGAAGAAGUGAUUAAUGCCCGAAGAAUGAAUCCUGUCGAAAAGGCUAGAGAUGAGGCUGGCGUCUCCCAUCUAGAGCGUGUUGCUAAGCACAUCUUACGGCUGUUCCGGCAGGAUUCAAACCGCACGAUUUUCUCCACGGCAGCCUUGAACAGCGCAUUGAGAUUUUUAUACAAGCAUGAAUUUCUCAGCAUUGCUCGGGACGUGUUCAGCAGAGCAGAGCAUCUCGCAACGGCAGACUCAUACAACAUUCUGCUUCAAAAUGCAGCUUCGCGCCAAGAUAAGCGGAUGUUCCAGCUCUUCCUGCAAACGAUGGCCCAAGAGCGGAUUCGUCCAAACGCGGACACCUGGCUUGCGUUGUUGCAGGCUAUGCUGACACACAAGACCAAGGCAGCUAUCAUCAAGGACAUGGCGAAGAAGGGCUACAUGAAAGAUACCAAUACGAUCCGCAGCUCGCUCCAGCUAACAAUUUCGGAUUCAUUCCUCGUUCACUUGGACGGUGGUCGGAGCGUCCACAGCUUUUUUGACCUCAUGGUGAAAACGAACGGAGCAGACUGGUUCACUCCCUCAAUACUGGGCCAGCUGUUUAAUGUGGCUUCUCGAUUGAAGAAUUUCGCCGCCAUGCACGAGUUGCUCGAUAUCUGCACCAAGUAUCAUCUCGAGAUGAAUAGCUCCUGUCUCACACAAGUUCUGUACAUGGUUGAUGACGACAUCUUCACUGCCCUCGAGUACACCUUCAAAAUCAUGAAACGUGCCUCGUUCAAGCUCGACGGCGUCGCUCUGGAGAAGCUUUUCUUCAUUGCUUUUGACGGCCACCACUACAAUGUGUGCCGCGUGCUGUGGCACUAUGCCUGCAUGGAAGGAACCGUGACCUUCAAAAUGCGAAGCGCAGUCCUAGACUCCCUCGCCCGCAAUGCGUCUUUGGGGACGGGAUCCGACGAUGUUAGCAAUAUCUGGAGUCUUUCCGCCGGCAAGGUCAUCGUCCGAGGCAACACGCGCAGCAAGUACAGACUCAGACAGAACCGCCUCACCCAACUGCCUGCCGAGUUCCAAGACAAUCCUUUUCUCUAUUUGGUAUCUGGUUACAAGAGCCAGGGUCCAGAACGAGAAUUGCAGCUUCGUCUGGCCAAGACCUUCGUCGAUCGUGACAUUGAAAUAGGAGCUGCUUAUUUGAAGCCCCAAUUCUCUUUGGCGGUGAUGUUGGAAGCUGCUGCUACUAUGGACCAGGAGUGGCAGGGUAAACCGUGGCCCUUGACAUGGAUGCUCCAGAAUGCCAUCGAGGUUCCAACCAAGCAACGAGUCUAA